AUGCCUGACCUGUUACAAGUCACUGAAGAAUUUGAUGACGAUUUUCCUCCCACUCCUAUUCCCCCAAUACCACAACCCACACUACCAUAUUUUUUAAUGAAUAAAUUGGAUGUUGAAGUUGAUCCUGAUGUACUUUUAGCAAAUUGUCAUGCUAACAUUCAAGGAAUAGUUGAUGUCUGGCGUAUCAAUAAAACUGACGAUUAUGAUAAAUUAAAUGAAAAUAUCGACACUUCAAAAGCAAUUGAAUCCACAUCAAUUUUAAUAAAAUCAGUAAAAGAUUACUCGAUGAUAAAACAAGAUAUUUCUAACGAAUCUCUUUCGAUGCUUAGAGUUGCCACUUUAGAAACAACAAGAAAUUAUACAAAGAUACAUUCAAACACAUCAUACUUGAAAAGAUUUUCUUUAACUGACACCAGAAGAGACAGUGGUAUUUCAUUAUCGACUCCUCCAUUAACUCCCACAUAUAGGAUUGACGAUUCUUGGUUAGAUUCUGAAAAUUUCGGUGAUGAUAAAUUAGCUAGAUAUCACGCUUUUUUGGAAGCAUUUGUACCAUCAAAAUUAAAACAAUCACCUAAUUAUAAACCAAUCCCAGAUCCAAGAAUUGAUAAAUCUGAAUUUUUGAAAUCAUUAUCUGAUGGCAGAUUAUUAUGUAAUAUUUAUAAUACGAUCGUUAAAUAUUCUAAACAACCCUUUGGAUUUAUUGAUAAAAUUCAUGAAGAUACAUCAAGAACAUAUCGUGUCAUAGAAAAUCUAAACUUUUUUGCAACUGCUGUAAAAUUACGAUUCGAUGUGAAAUUUGAAGAAUUCGAUGUAAAAGAAAUCAAAAAUUUAACAGAAAUCGGUGAAAUUCAUUUGGAAAAAGCUUUGGAAUUAUUUUGUGAAAAAGCAAUGAAUGAAUCAAUAUCGACCGGAUCACAUCAUAAUCGAACAAAUUUAUCAAGAUCUUCUUCAUCAUCACCUAUUCGGCAAGAAACAAGUGAUUCUAAAUUAUCCAAAGAAAAUCAAGAUUUAGCAACAGAAAUUG